AUGGUUUACUCUGCCUCGUUGUACCGUGGGUGGCCUGAAACAAAGCUUAUUAUAAUACUUUCUCUGCAGAAGAAAUCAUCAUCACGGAUAAUGAAUACGAGUGAGAGUCGCUCCAACGCAGUCAGCCAUCCUCCCUCUCGUAUGAGACGUGGCAUCAGCACUGUUUUAUUUACCAUUCGCUAUCUAUUGGCUACUAUAUUUAUCUACGCCUUGCAGCCGGCAGCACAGUGGGCAGCCAAAUAUAUCUUCCGUCGGGGUUAG